GUAGGGUGGGGCGGCGCUUCUCUGUUCCGCGCCUUCUUGAUUUUCAUUCGACUCUUAUUAACACAAAUGAUAAGUGUAAAUUUUAUUUUUCCUUUGUAACAGAUUUACUUUUAUCUCAAUAUUGUAAAGCAAAUAAGUACAGUGGUACGGGUAAAUCAAGAUGUCGGAGACUCGAAAGAAUCAUCUAUCCAUAGAUGGUGGGCAGUUGAAAGAAGAUGAUCAUGUUUCUUCAUAUAAACCUAUACCAGAUUCAGAUGGAGACUUCCGCAAAUCAAAGACGAGCAUCCACAAGUCCAAGGAGAAGCUCCCGAACGACGAGGCCGAGGAGAAACUGCUCCAGAAGGAAGACGAGUCGAAAAUAACCACGCGGGUGGACAUGGCUGAUGCCAAGUAUGUGGUGGGUGAUCACCGGAACGGAGACGCCAAGAUUGAACUGGACGCUAACAAGAGACAAUUCGUCGGUCUCACUAAGGAGGAGCUGAUGAAGUACGCAGACGACCCGUUCUGGGUGCGCCUGCGCUGGUUCAUGUUCGUGCUGUUCUGGGCUCUGUGGGUCGGCAUGUUGGUCGGCGCGGUGACCAUCAUCGUGCUGGUUCCCAAGUGUGCGGCGCCACCCCCGCGUACCUGGUUCGAGAAGGGGCCCCUAGUGGAUCUGUCAUCUGAAGACCUUCAGGCCGUCGAAGCUGACCUACCAUUAAUGCAGAGCGCCCAUGUCGCCGGAGCCUUCGUGGUCCCCUGCAAGGAUUCGUACGAAGUGCUCGAGGAUAACUCUAGCUGUCUUCAGGCAUUCAAGGAUUUCGUUGGCAAGGCCAAGAAGCUUGGCGUAAAAGUGAUUGUGGAUCUUACUGCCAACUUUGUGUCCACAUCACACCAAUGGUUCCAGUUGAGUGAGAACCGCUCUGAACCAUUCAGCAACUACUUCUUGUGGGCUCCGGGAAAAGACCUUGAUGAAGACCAGAAUUCAGAAUUACCUGAUUUGCCUCAAAAAUGGGUGCCAACUCCCAACCACCCGGCCUGGACUUGGAGCGACAAACGCAAGGAGUUCUAUCUGCACCAAUUUGGAGCCGACCUACCUGAUCUUAACUUCUCCAACCAAGAUGUGGUGAAACACUUUGAUGAUGUCAUCACACGGUGGAUGAAGGCUGGCGCUGAUGGCAUCAGACUAAACAAGACCCGCCACAUGGCCAUCAACAGUCAGCUGGGCAAGGAGCAGCCCCGCGUGUCCGAGAGCCCCGGCGAGGUGCCGCUGUGGUCGGACCGGCUCGUGACGGACGGACUCGCGCUGCGGGAGCUGCUGGCGCACUGGGCACACCUCACGGACCUGGCCGCCACGCCGCCCUCUCUCGGUGAGUCUGUGUUCACACUGGCUGAGACCGCAGACGUGGACGUAGAGGCGUGGCUGAACCGCAACGCGUCGCUGCCGCUGCGGCCGCCGUGCGGCGCGCCGCUCACUGUCGCGGCGGGAGACGCGGCUGUGGCGGCCGCCUCCACCAUCAACCGAUACAGGAAAUUAGGCUGGAUCGCCAUUCAGCUGAAGUCUGCGGAGAAGACCGAUGACGAGCUGGCCGCCUUCUCGCUCCUGUUGCCGGCCGCACCCGUCUGGAGCACCGCACAGCUGCGGGACGCGGACAACGGAACUGUCCACAGUAAGUGGUUGGAGAAGGCCGUGUCGCUGCGGAACGAUGCCAGCGUCAUGUACGGCGUGACGGUCAUCGACACCGUGACGGCCGUGCGGGACACUGAAGACGGAGACAACUCCACGGUGACCCUACUUGCCUGCACCAGAUGGCAGGCGGGUCACAAGGGCUACGUGGCCGUGUACAACCCCAGCGCGGAGGCCGCUCGGGCCCGUCUCGCCCCGCUCGCCCCGCACCUGCCCGCCAGGCUGGAGCCAUUCUACUGGUCGCCGCGCACAUUCGGCUACACCAAUUACACAUUCCACACGGCGGUGGACGUGAACAAUGCCCUGGUGCCGCCGCGUGCCACCGUACUGUUCUCCUUCAUAGUGGACGCCAGCGCCGCGGACUAACGUUCCGCCAUCUUUGAAUUUUAUGACGCAUUCAAAUUAAAUAUUAACAUUUUGUUUUUCAAUUGACACGUUUGUGGAACAUGCUUAUUAAAAUAUUUGAGAAAUAUAACAA